UGUUUUCUGUUGGCAGCAUUGGAAAGCUUUGAUGAAAAGCUUUCCUUCUGUCAUCUUGGCAACUGUCAAAAAUAAAUAAUGUCCUUUUCCUGUAAUUAACAUUAAUUAACAACAACAUUAACAACAACAAAAACGCUAUGAUUAAAAUGAUAUAAAAGAUUUUUCUAAUUAGUGAGGAUAAUGUCGGGAGGCGACAAAAAACGUAAACAUACGCGGUCCCAGGGCUGGGAACCCGCAGGUUCCGAAUUUUACCAAGAAAGUUACCCCAUGGAUGCUGAAGAAAUAAUGCCUCAGGACCCAAAACAUUUGGCAACCCUUUUACCCAGUAAACAAUCUAGAGCAGGGGCCACAUUAAGACUAAGAACCUAUGACCAAAGGACAGCCACAACUAGAAGAUGGCAGGCUACAAAUCAAACACAAAAAGAUUCAACUGAUACAGCACAACAUCGCAGACCCUCUCAGGGUGAAGUACAAGUUUCAAUGUUGCCAGAUUUGUCACAGAAUUUGUCAAAUGAGCAGUCGACAUGGGAAGAGGUCAUGCUAAUUAAAGCUAUGCCCAUUCCUAUGGAUGAGAAAAAGAAACUUAAGGAAAAGAUUCUGAAUCAGCCAAAUUUGAGGCUGCAAGGCUACGAGCAAUUCAAGUGGAAAAGGCGGAAAGCUUGGGAUCACACUAUGAUCAGGGUAAACGAAAUGUUUACAAAAGUUGAACUUUGGAGACAAUCUUUGAAACACAUUGAAGGUAACUUUGGUACGGGUGUUGUGGCAUACUUCCUCCUAUUGAAGUGGAUGUUUUUCCUCAACUUGACAAUAUUCAUUAGCAUAUUUUUGUUUAUAACCCUACCCACAAUACUAUUAAAGGACUCACAAGGAUGUACUGAGAUUAAAGAUUUAGUAAAUAACGCCAGCUAUUCUACGGAUUCAGUGGAUUUUAAUUUUUUGGAUUUAUUUCAAGGCACAGGCAUUGUGGAAGAUACCGCCUUGUUUUACGGUUUUUACCCCAACGAAACUUAUUGCUACUUGGUGAAUAACACCAAGUUAUACUACAACUUACCGCUGGCAUACCUGCUUAUAACACUUCUGUACUUUUUGUUGUCGCUAAUAAACAUUGUAAAGUCGGCGGCGCGCGGUUUCAGAGAGCGGUUGAUCGAGAGCGAGGGUCAGUUCUACCAAUAUUGCAACUUGAUUUUCGGCGGCUGGGAUUUCUGCAUUCACAACCAAGCCUCCGCCGAUAUAAAACACAAGGCGUUGUACAACGAGAUCAAAGCCACCUUGGAAACGGACAAAUCCGAGGAAGAACGACAGAACAGGACGAGAGGGGAGAGAUACGUCAUCAUAUUCUGGCGAAUGACGGCGUUUUUGGUCACCGUAGCCGUCUGGGGCUUUUCGGGUGCGGCCAUUUAUUUCGUUUUCGACAUCUCCACUAGGGAGCUAGAGAAGGAGAUCGACGAUAAGUUUAUUCAGUUCGUUUACCAAUUUCUGCCGUCCUUUUGCAUUGUGCUGCUGAACAUGAUUGUCCCGCAAAUAUUCAAGAGAAUCGUCGUUUUCGAGAAAUACUGCCCCGCUAACGCGUUAACUUUCACUUUGCUGCGCUCCGUGGGCUUGCGUUUAGCCUCUCUAUUCGUUUUGUAUUACUCGUUGUUCUCCAAAGUCACCUGCCACAACAAAGAGAACUGCACUGAGAUGGAGUGCUGGGAGAACUACGUGGGCCAAAACAUUUACAAGUUGUUGUGGACCGAUUUCGCCACGCACGUGUUCACGACGUUCUUCCUGAACUUCCCCAGAGCCCUGCUCGCCAAGCAUUGCAACAAUAAAGUCUUCAAGGCGUUGGGCCAACAAACUUUCGAGCUUCCCAAAAACGUUCUGGACGUCGUCUACUCUCAAACUCUGUGCUGGUUCGGGUUUUUCUACGCCCCGCUGCUGUCCGCCAUGGCUUCCCUAGCGUUCUUCCUCAUCUUCUACAUCAAAAAGUUCGCCUGCAUGAACAACAGCACACCCAGCGCGGUCGUUUACAGAGCCUCCCGCUCGAACUCGAUGUUCAUGAGCGUUCUGCUGUUUUCGUUCGUGUGCGCCCUCCUGCCCAUAGCCUUCUCGGUCUCGGAGAUGACGCCCUCUACGAUGUGCGGGCCUUUUAGCGAGCACGCCUCCGUGUGGCAGCUCAUAGUCCAAAUAUUCUCGUACACUCCCGACGUCAUAAAGACGGUCGGGCAUUUCGUCACCACUGCCGGGUUCGCCAUUCCGAUGUUCGUCGUGUUGUUCCUGCUGCUUUACUAUUAUAACGCCAUUAACGCGGCCAACCGGCACAUGGUGACUGUCCUCAAAAAUCAGCUCGUUCUCGAAGGUCACGACAAGCAGUUUUUGCUCAACAGAUUGAGCAUGUUUAUCAAGGAGAACCAGAAAAAGGAGAGGCACCGAAACGCGGACUAUUACGAGAAUACGCAACACAGAAAUAUAUCCAGUAGCAAUUAGUAUGUGGCUUAUAGCGAUAAAUAGAUUACAGAUAUUUUUUGAGAAAAAGAAAAUACAUUUCAAUGAUUAGCAUAGGCGUAAAAGAGCUUAUUUAUUUUUAAAGUUAUUAUUUUUGCAUUUUGUUUUUUAAUUUGUGACUAAAAUAUUCAACCUUAAUAGGGUUGUUUUUGAAUUUAUAUGCUCCCACGGGCUGAAAAUUUGAGCUCUAUGGAAAUAACAGGAAAAAAUGUUUGCAUUCUUUGAAAUUUUAUGGGACAAAAUUACCGUAAAUAUUGAAAAAUAUAUUUUGUAGAGAAUUAAAAGCGCUCAUAUGUUAAUUUAACUUCAAAGUUUAAUUUAUAUAAAAUAUGAUUCUGUCAAGUAUACUUAUACAUAGCUACAAAAU